CUCCCCUCUUACAUGGAUACCAGAUAAGAGUUGUUCAAAUAUUGCUGUGUGAUAUUUCGCAAUAGCCCGACUUAAACAACAUCACAACAUCACAAUGUGCGAGAGGUGGGUCCUGUUUCUUUGGAUUUCUUGUCAGAUUAUCUGUAUCAUCUCCGGUUUUUGUGAUUAUUAUGAAUUUACUUGUGACAACGGGAAAUGCAUUGAUUGGCUACGCCGAUGUGACGUCAUAGACGACUGCGGGGAUGGAUCGGACGAAAAAGAUGGCAUGUGUAACAGGUGCACAUCUUCUCAACACAAAUGCCACUUUGAUGGUAGUUGUGUAAGGAAAUCCAACAUUUGUAACGGAAACAAGGACUGUUCUGAUUGGUCAGAUGAGACGCCGUCUCUCUGUGGAGGAGAUUGUUCAUACGCACCCAAUAUGUUUCAAUGUGACAACAAUAGAUGCGUCUAUCAAAAUCUCAAAUGCAACGGAAGAAACGAUUGUUUUGAUUGGUCGGAUGAAGUAGGGUGCUCAUGCAUUGGCGAUAACAAAUUUAAAUGCUUCAAUGAUAAGUGCAUUUACUCCAAUCUAACAUGUGACGGAAGCAAUGACUGCGGGGACUACUCGGACGAAAUUGAUAAAAAAUGUCAUAAGCCCUGCUAUUUUGCGAGCACGUGUAAUAAUGGAAGGUGUUUCCCGCCAUCGUAUCGAUGCGACGGCGAUAACGACUGCAGGGACUUUUCGGACGAAUCACACUGCAGCACAUGCCAGAAGAACCAGUUUAUGUGUAGACGGACUAGGACAUGUAUUCCGUCGUCAUGGAGAUGUAAUGGCGUUUCUGACUGCCAGUAUGGUGAAGAUGAAGUUGAUUGUACAUGUUCAAAUCCGAAUGACUUUAAAUGUGGUAGUGGGGAGUGUGUUGAAUAUGCUUCGCUGUGUGACGGUGUUUCAAACUGUGCAGAUUCGUCAGACGAAAAGCUUUGUUAUCCCUCAAUCAAAGUUAUUCCAGGAAAGUACGGACCUAGACAUUAUGACUGUCAUUGCAAUGGAAAUUGUCAUCCCGGCACCGGGGCGUGUCUAAACACGUGCAAACGAGGAUGGGCGGGACCAACGUGCCAAAUUAGAGUGGUUCCUUUCCAUAUGCCCAUUCAGAACAGUGGCCAUAAAGCAAUUUCCUCGCCUUUAAGUAUUGACGGUGACGUCAGAACAUGCCCUCCACCUGCAGCUUCGCCUGUAAGCGCUGGGUAUUGGGAGGCAAACAUUACUCGAUCGGUCAACAUACGACGAAUUCGAAUUUAUAACCCCAAAGAUGUACGAUUUAUAUCACGGUUAGAUGUACCCUGGAGCCCAUGUAAUGUCAAUGACACGAAUCGCGUGUCAGAGGGUUACGUGGACAUCAUCUGUUCCCCAGGGACCAAACUGCGACAUCUCCUUGUGUUGCAGACCCCUGGCGAGGGAAAUACAUUCAUGAUUAUGCAAAUCUGUGAAAUUCAGAUUGUUGCUUGCUCAAAUCACUCGUUUGGUGGACAGUGCGAGAAAACUUGCAAUUGCCAGGGAGCGGCUGGCUGUGAUGACGUAACCGGAAAUUGCUUAGGCAGAUGUUUAUCAGGCUUGCAUGGACGUGAUUGCCCAGAGAAUGUGUAUACUGGGCCAUUAACACAGUUGACAUCCACAACCCCGAUUACGGAUGACGGGCCAUUAACACCGUUGACCACAACCCCGAUUACGGAUGACGGGUCAUUGAACCAGUUGAACACCAUAGCCCCUAUUAAGGAUGACGAUGGAUGGAGUAAAUAUUGGUGGAUAUCCCUGAUUGCUGUGGCAGUGAUAGUUUUCAUUUCCUUUGCAGUAAUCCUACUCCAUUCACGCUUACGACAGAGGAAACCAGAAUCUCAGAGGAGGCCUCAGGAACAGACACAUGUAAACAGAAGAAUCAGUGGACAAACGUCUGGGGAAAUCGUUGUUGGAAUCAUCGAAGUUCAGUUUGAUGACAUCAAAAACCACGUCAGACCCACAUACGGCAGACCUCCUAUAGGAAGGCCGUUGACCUAGGACAGAACAAGAAUACAAUUUUUUUUUUCAUAUUAAUAUGUAAUAUUUUGGAAUGGGCUGUGAACAUAGAAAUCAUUUCUUUUUGCAUUCCUAUACCUUAAUAUCAAUGAUGUGUUGAUAAAGACAUACAACACCUGAAUCAUAUCAGUCUCUGAAACGACCAAUAUUCAAGUUAUCACUCAUAGCCGCUGCAUGUACAAUAUGUUUUCGACUCCAGCUGAAAUUUAGAAUAGCACAAAAUACUUUUUGUCCCAUAUGUUUCUCGAUUAUAUUACUGCUUAUAAGAAUAAUCAAUAUAAACUCAAUGUACCUUGUACUGGAAAUUAAAAACAAAAUCUUA